AUGGGAGCCAUAGGGUUGUCAGUGGUGUUGGGCUGUAAGGAUGCCGGCGCUCAAGAGAUUAUAUGCAUUGAUAGGAAUGACCACAAAGGAUUUAGUAAUGUGGGUCAAAGUGUUGAUGAGAUACUGAAAAGUUACGGUGGAGUGGAUUAUGCAUUUGAUUGUAUCGGAAAUAUUGACGUGAUUAACAGUUGUAUUCAAUCGCUUAACACCUGGGGAUUUCUAGUCUUAAUUGGUUUGCCCGAUAGAGGUCAGAGUGUGAGCAUACCGGCUGGUAAAUUACUACAGGGGGCGCACGUGUCGGGCGGCCAUUUUGGUAACGCAAAGCCCCGGGAGCUUAACCAGCGGUUGGUUGACCUGCACUGUAGCGCACGACUACCCAUUGAGCCCAUGAUUACCCAACGUUUGCAUUUAGAUAACAUUAACAAAGCGUUUGACGACUUGAGAGCCGGAAAGACUAUUCGCACAGUCAUUGAGUUUGAAUGAAAUAACUUUUACUAAC